ACUAAGCCAACACUUCCAGCUCCAAGAUCCAUAUCAUCUUCUUCGCUAAGAGGGCUGUAGUUCUAGGCGGCGUCGCGUUUCAUGGCUAGAGAAACUGACCCUUUAAUUGUUGGGAGGGUGGUCGGUGAUGUGCUGGACCCAUUUACGAGGAGCGUCCCCCUCAGGGUAUUCUACUCCUCAAGGGAAGUGACAAACGGGCGCGAGUUUAAACCGUCUCAGGCGGUUCAUCCACCUAGAGUCGAGAUAGGAGGGAACGACCUUAGGACCUUCUAUACGCUCGUGAUGGUGGACCCUGAUGCUCCAAACCCAAGCAAUCCCCACCUGAGGGAAUACCUGCACUGGAUGGUCACAGACAUUCCAGGAAGUACAGGAGCAAGCUUUGGGCAAGAGAUCAUGUGUUAUGAGAACCCAAGGCCAACAGCAGGGAUCCACCGUUUCGUCUUCGUCCUGUUUCAGCAGCUCGGCCGCCAGACUGUUUACGCUCCCAAUUGGCGCCAGAACUUCAGCACCAGAGACUUUGCAGAAGUUUACAAUCUCGGUUCUCCAGUUGCUGCGGUCUACUUCAACUGCCAGAGGGAAUCAGGAUCUGGGGGAAGAAGAAUGUACACAUGAUUAUGACAUGACAAUGCUAAUAUGUACCUAUUAAAAUGCUUAUAUUGUAUUACUAAAAUAUAGAGGCUACACAUGCUGAUAUGUAUGGUAUGUAGUGCCAAGUGUGAGGCAAAGGAAGGGCAAGCAGAAUUACCUGCUUCAACGGCUGUAAACUCUUCUGAUUCUCUA